CUUCAUACUUAUAGAUGAUAGAUAUCCUCCAGCUCAGAAGUCAGAACCUUCACACCAAACUCUACAUUCUAUCCUGCUUUUCUUCUGCUCUUUGCUCUGCAUCGCCAUUCUCAAAGAAAUGCACAAGUUAUUUGCUGCCAGGUCCUUAACCUCUGCUUUAUUUAAAAAUCGACCCCGCCAUCAGCUCCCUGCUGCUUUCUCUACUUCUUUACUCUUCGAUGAUACUCAGAUACAGUUUAAAGAAAGUGUUUCUCAGUUUGCUCAAGAACAUAUUGCCCCUCAUGCGGAAAAAAUCGAUAAAACGAAUUACUUUCCACAGGAUGUUAAUUUAUGGAAAUUGAUGGGUGAUUUUAAUCUCCAUGGAAUUACUGCUCCAGAGGAAUAUGGAGGCCUUGGCCUUGGCUAUAUAUAUCACUGUAUAGCUUUGGAAGAAAUUAGUCGUGCCUCUGGAUCAGUUGGCCUUUCCUUUGGUGCCCAUUCUAACCUAUGCAUUAAUCAGUUGGUGAGGAAUGCAAAUCCUGAUCAGAAGCAAAAGUAUUUGCCAAAGCUAAUUAGCGGCGAGCAUGUUGGGGCUCUUGCAAUGAGUGAACCCAAUGCUGGGUCAGAUGUUGUUAGCAUGAAAUGCAGAGCUGAUCGUGUUGAUGGGGGUUAUGUUCUGAAUGGGAAUAAGAUGUGGUGCACCAACGGUCCUGUGGCUCAGGCUCUGGUUGUUUAUGCAAAAACAGAUAUUGCUGCUCGCUCAAAAGGAAUCACAGCUUUUAUCAUUGAGAAGGGAAUGCCAGGUUUCAGUACUGCCCAGAAAUUAGACAAACUUGGGAUGAGAGGAAGUGAUACGUGUGAGCUUGUGUUUGAAAAUUGCUUUGUUCCGGAAGAAAAUGUUCUGGGAGAGGAAGGGAAAGGAGUUUAUGUCAUGAUGUCGGGCCUGGAUUUGGAAAGACUUGUUCUGGCUUCCGGACCUCUUGGAAUCAUGCAAGCAUGUCUUGAUGUGGUACUUCCAUAUGUUCGUCAACGAGAGCAAUUCGGGAGGGCCAUUGGCGAACAUCAAUUUAUACAGGGCAAAAUUGCCGACAUGUAUACUGCAUUACAGUCCUCAAGAUCAUAUGUCUAUUCGGUUGCCAGAGACUGUGACAACGGGAAGGUUGAUCCAAAGGAUUGUGCAGGUGUAAUACUCUGUGCAGCUGAAAGAGCCACUCAAGUUGCUCUUCAGGCUAUUCAGUGUCUUGGCGGUAAUGGGUAUGUAAACGAGUACCCGACUGGGCGCUUCCUUCGCGAUGCCAAACUCUACGAGAUUGGGGCAGGCACUAGCGAGAUUAGAAGAAUGAUAAUUGGUCGCGAGCUCUUUAAAGAGCAAUGAACGAGGAAUUACCAUUUACCACGUUAUGAUACGAGUUCUUCUCACGCAGUGGAAUUGAAGCAGCUUUGUCUUGCUGAGAGUUGAAGGUUAACACAAUGGCAGCUUUUCUGCCCACUAAUAAGGCCUUGUUUGAUUGUAAUGAACAAUUGCAAAAGAAUAAUAAUACUAAUAUCAUAUUAUAUUUGAACUUGUCCUGUGAA